AUCUUUGAAUUUUUCCAGCGUGCCCUGACCGUUCCCUGAGGACUCGUUCGUGGGGAAAAAGGAAAGAAAAAAACUUGUUCCUUCCGCUGAGAGCAGAGGAGUAGCAGUAAUGGUGGUCAGCUGAUCCUUCCAUCAAAUCCAGCCCAUUCUGCUUCAGAAAGAUUCAUGCAUUCCAGCCUUUACAUUCAUGGCUUCCUCCUCAUCGUCUGCAUGUCCUUAAUUAUACGAUGCAUUCAUCAGCCAUCGAGGCCCUGAUGUCAAGGAUACCCUUGCUAAACAACUGUAUGAACUUCUUCAGGAAAGAGGGUGCCGGGCUUUUCUAGACCGUGAAGAGAUAAAAGGAGGAGAUUCUAUUCCUUUUGCCAUUCGCAAUGCCAUUUGCUCAUCUCUUGUGCAAAUUGCCAUUUUUUCCAAAGGAUAUGCAGAGUCCUGUUGGUGUUUAGAUGAGCUUCAUCUCAUGUUACAGCAAACUGAUGCCCUGUUUAUUCCUUUCUUCUACGAUGUCCAGCCGUGGGAGCUACGCCACAUCAAGAACGAGAAAUCACAGUAUGGUGUGGCAUUUUCUGAUUAUCGAAGUAAAGGCAGAUAUCUUGAUAAGUUGGAUGAAUGGAAAAACGCCCUCAAAUCUGCUGCUGACGUAUCUGGUUAUGAACUUAGCCAUUCCUCACAUCAAUACAAUUUGUGUGAAAAUAUUGUGUCUCGUGUGCUACAAUUGGUACAAGAAAGGAGAAAUAGUAAGCCGUUAAAUGUUGCUAAAUAUCCGGUUGGACUUGCUGAUCUCGUCCAAGAUUUUGAAAGUUGUGGUACAGGCAAGGUCAUGAUAGCAGGGAUCUAUGGACUUGGGGGAUCUGGAAAGACCACCCUGGCAAAAGAAUUGUUUAACAGGAAGCGUUCAGACUACCAUGCAGCAUCUUUUCUCUCUGAUGUGAGAGAAUCACAUGCCAAUCGUGAUUUGCAGUGCUUGCAAAGUCAACUCUUGAAAGAUCUUUUUCCUAAAGAUUCAGAGAUUAGCAGUGUGCACCAUGGCAUCGGAGAGCUGAAGGAUCGUCUAGGAAGAGCAAGGCAUUUGCAUUUUCUCAUAGUCCUGGAUGAUAUUGAUCAUCAAGACCAAUUAGAUGCCCUGUUACCUGAAGGAAUGCUGAGCUCUAGUAGCCUGGUAAUAAUUACAACCCGUGACCAAAGUAUUUUAAUGGGUGCAGAUAUCCGUUAUAAGAUGAAGGAACUGAAUAGGGAUCGUGCUAAAGAACUCUUCUGUAGCCAUGCUUUCCGCAUAGGGGAUCCACCCAUUGCAUAUGAGAAAUUGGUUGAAAGCUUCGUGGAAUUCUGUGGAGGUUUACCCCUCUCACUUAAAAUUUUGGGCGCCCAUCUUUAUGGCAGGGAUGAGUAUUAUUGGCAGUUACAAUUGGAAAAGGUUAAGAAAAUCCAGCCUAAGGAUAUAAUGCAAAGACUUAAAAUAAGCUUUGAUGGUCUAGACCAAGAGGAGAAGCACAUAUUUAUAGAUAUUGCAUGUUUAUUCAAUAAGAAAAAAAAAUCUAAUUUAAAAAGUAAAGCUAUAUUAGUCUGGAAUCUGUCUGGUUGGAGCGCUAAACAUGCAGUUCAAAACCUGCAAGACAAGUGCCUAAUUGAAGUGAGUUGGUUCAAAUUUGAAAUGCAUGAUCACCUCCGCGAUUUGGGAAGACAAAUGGCAGAUGAGUUGGGGCCUCCUCGGCUAUGGAGACCGCACAUUCUUAGAGCUAUAUACUUGUUUGGCAAAGAUGGUUUUUUACUACUGAGAACUAAUUCUUUUUCGAGUGUAAUUGUGAAUGCCAGGCCAGUUUCGAGUUGAGAAAGCUGGAGGUAUUCUACUCUCCUUCGUUGCAAAAGCUUCCAGAUUUGAUGGGAAUGUUCAGGCAUUUGGAAGAAUUAGAUAUCAGCAGAUCCUUAGAGAAGACAGAUAUAACACCCUUAGUGCAAUCACUUAAACAACUUGAUAAUCUUAGAUCACUGACAUUGUCUUUUGGGAAGGAAGUCUUCUUCAAGGGGAAUUUGGAUCUGAGCAGAGGUAGAGAUUCUCUUUCAAGCAGUCGCAUGAAUAGCCUUGAAACCAUACAACUUUCCUUCGCUAAUAUAUCUAAGUUGCUAAUUUGUAGAGAGAUCUGUCCCCGACUUCGAUCAUUGACAGUUCAGUUUAUGGAGAAUCUAAAAGAAAUGCACUUAAAUCAGCUAGAGAGACUGGAAGCUCUUACAGUGCGGAAAUGUCCCAAAUUUGAAACAAUAUCAGGGUUAUCUUCUCUAACAGGGCUGCCGUCUCUUAAAGUGCUAUAUUGUCCCAAAUGGGAAACAAUACCAGGGUUAUCUUCUCUGAAAGGGCUUCAGUCUCUUAGAGUGGAGGAUUGUCCCAAAUUUGAAACAAUCUCAGGGUUAUCUUCUCUAACAGGGCUUCAAGUGUUUAAAGCACAGAAGUGUGAAGGGUUGAAAUCGUUGCCAACCAUUGCACAACAACGUCAUCUGGAGAGAUUCACAAUUUUGGAUUGUCAUAAGUUGCAGAGUGUAGAAGGGUUUGAAGAGUUGCAAGGAUUGAAAAGUCUGAUAAUUGAAGUUCCUGACAAUGGAUAUGCAUGGGUACGGAAUUGCUUUUAUGGAUUGAGGAGGCUUCCAUCAGAGUAUACCAUUUUAAUAGGGAAGCCAGUGGAUACAGCAUUUGUCUAGAUUGGAUGGAAAUUUAUUUUCUCAAGUGAUUGGUGCUCAAGGAGUUGAAGAGAUGAAUGGCGGACAAAAUACGCUGGACAUAAAGAAGCUCAUCAGGUGCAAUUACUAUAUAUGCUUUUCUUGGAACAUUUAAAUAUCUUGCUACUUACAUGAAAGAUGAAUGAGUAUUCUCAACAUGUGGUGAUGAACGAAUGAUUGUACUUUUACUCCCCCACCAUGAUAGUGAGGGAAUUAUAAUAAAUAGAAUCAACAUAACGAAGGGAUUGAAGGCCAUAGUCAAUGGAGGGGAAG